CCCUGCUGAGCUCUAAGGCAGCGGAAGGGUGGAUGAAUCCUCCCACCUUGGCUGCUGCAGAUGCCACAAGCGAGGAAAGGAAAAGUGCCGAGCCCUUCUUGGAAAACCAGCAGCCUCUUUUAAAAGGGAACUUUUAGGAAAUGCGCCGCAGGUUCCUGUGAUCCCGAGCAGAAUCGGCCAGUUUCAGGCCAGUGCCACCUUGGCUGACAUCAUCUAGAACCCGAGGUUGAUGAACUGCAGUUGGCCGAGGGGCUGAUGCAAGCUUGCUCUUGGGUGUCUUUAUAUAUUCUGCCUGGGGGGAGACACUGAGCAACUGCCUUGUCACCACCAGCAGGACUUGGAGCAACCAUGGAGACCUCGGCCACCACUCGGAUGGAUUUUGGUGGGCCCUUCAGCAUUCUUCUAGCCAUGGCCAUAUCGUGCCUCCUCUUCCUCCACUUCUCGGCCAAAAAGAAGUUCACCAGACUCCCACCAGGGCCCACCCCUCUCCCGUUCAUCGGCAACAUGCUUCGGGUGGACGUGAAGGAGCUGAUCCAGUCCCUGAGAGAACUCAGCAAGACCUACGGCCCCAUGUACACCUUCUACCUGGGCUCUCGCCCCUGUGUGGUACUUUCUGGGUACCAAGUGCUAAAGGAAGCCUUGAUUGACAGAGCAGAAGAUUUCAGUGGCCGGGGCGACUUCCCUGCUGUCCAAAUGUGGAGCAAGGGAGAUGGGAUCGUGUAUGGGACAGGGGAGCGCUGGAGGCAGCUGCGCAGGUUCGCCAUCUCCACCUUCAAGAACUUCGGGAUGGGGAAACGAUCCAUGGAGGAGCGGAUCCGAGAGGAGGCCCAGUGCCUGGUGGCCGAGUUCCACAAAACCCAAGGCAAACCCUUUGACCCCACCUUCUUCCUGAGUUGUGCCGGCUCCAACAUUAUCUGCACUCUUGUCUUUGGGGAACGUUUUGAAUACACAGAUCAGAAAUUUCUCAUGUUGCUUGACUUGAUCAACAGCAACUGGAAGCUCAUGAGCUCCACCUGGGGACAGCUACUCUUCGUCUUCCCAAACAUCAUGAGAUGGAUCCCUGGGCCGCAUCGGAAAAUCUACACUAAUUACCUGAAGCUGGCAAAGUUUGUGGGUGAGCGGCUGGAGAUGAACAGGCAGACCCUGGACCCCAACUCCCCGCGGGAUUUUAUUGACUGCUUCCUCAUCAAAAUCCAGCAGGAAAAGAACAAUCCCGAUUCUCACUUCAACGAGGAAACCAUGUCGAAGACCACCGUGAACCUCUUUUUUGCCGGCACCGAGACGGUCAGCUCCACCCUCCGCUAUGGGCUGCGCAUCCUCCUGAGGCAUCCUGAGGUGGAAGAGAAGCUGCACGAAGAGAUUGACCGUGUCAUUGGGGUGAACCGCAGCCCUUGCAUGGAGGACCGGAGCCAGAUGCCCUACACAGAUGCCGUGAUCCAUGAGAUCCAGCGCUUUGCUGACAUCGUCCCUAUGGGAGUGCCCCACACGGUCACAAGGGACAUUGAAUUCCGUGGAUACAGCCUCCCCAAGGAUCUCAACAUCAUUCCCUUGCUCUGUACGUCCCAGUCUGAUCCCACCCAGUUCAAGAACCCAAACACCUUUGACCCAACCCAUUUCCUGGAUGAGAAUGGGCGGUUCAAGAAGAAUGAUGCCUUCAUGGCUUUCUCAGCAGGCAAGCGGGUGUGCCUGGGUGAAGGCCUGGCCAACAUGGAGCUCUUCCUCUUCCUCACCAACAUUCUGCAGAACUUCCAGCUGAAGGCCCUGAUGAGCCCUGCAGACAUCGACAUCACCCCGGAGUCCACCGGCUUGGGCAGCAUCCCUCGCCCUUAUCAGUUCUGCCUCCUCCCCCGAUGAAGGCGCUGGGGGCCUUGGGGGCCCGCAGCAGGGCAGGACUGCCUUGGGUUCUUGGCCUCCCAGCCCAGCUGUGCGUUUGGGUUCCCUGCCCCCUCUUGCACCCUCGCCGAGCAGUGGCCCCCCAGUCCCCUCCCUUUCACGACGCUGCCCUGGGCUCGCUUUCCUCUCGCGCCAGUGCUCCCAGUCUCCCAGUCAAGCAUGCCCCCACCUGCCCACCUGCUGCCUUCCCUGUGGGACCCCCGGAGAGGCAGAGCACAGAAGGUUACGCCAGGUUCUGCUCCCCUUUGAGGGCUCUCUUUGAGGGCCUUGUCUGCAGCUCUCAGGAGCUUCAGCAGCAGCCCAGGGAGGCUGCAUUUGGCACCCCAGCAGGCAUUGCCAAGUGCCAGGGAGGAGGGCGUUUGGUCUAAUCCUGAGGCAGAGCACGGAUUUCAGGUGCAGAGUCCAUCUGCCCUUGAGACGCCAAGGGCGGAGCUGAGCUGCUGCAGAGGCGAUCUUUGGAAGAACAAGGCAGGCUGGAAAGGUUCUUCGUUAGGGAGUGUUUGCUCCGGUUUCUUUACCCAAGGCACACUCACUUCAUGCUAAGUUUUCAAGGGGGGGGGGAAACUUGCUGAGGGGGUGCCAUGGGUGGGGAUGCUGAGCAAACAGGCUGGCCAUCCAACAGGCAUAGCGAGAAGCUGCUUAGGGGAUCUUUCAGAUGGGGUGGAAAUUAGGGGCUGGGUUGUGCAUUAGGUCUAGGUGCCCACUGGAAGGAAAGCCACAGCUUUGCAAUCUGCAGUGUGUCUCCCAGUCAGCCAGGUGUGAAAGCUCGUGGGUGGUUCCUCCUCCCCACAGCAACCGGUGAAGCUGAUGGUUUUCCAAGGGAUCCCCCCUGCCCCCCCCCCCGUACCUAGAAGGAUUUCUGUGACCCUGCUACUCCAGGGUGCGCCAGCCUGGGCUGUCCCUUACCCAAUAUCUUGUUGGCUAGAAGUCAUGAGAGCCUUGGAGAAAAUGAGGUUUGGAACAUGUCCUGAUUGCGCAGUCCAGGUGCAAUCCUGCCCAGAUUCCCACCCCCUCAUCCUGAACACAGAAGAGAACGUACUGUGCUUGCUUGCUUGGUUAGCGUUUUAUUUAGAAUAUUUCUGUCCCACUUUCCAACCCCUGAGGACCCGCAAAACAGCUUACAAACAAUUCUGAAAAAUAGAAACCCAUUCAAAUGUAUUAGCAGAGCAAAAGAAAGUCUAUAAAAGCAGGGUUAUUACAGGGCCCCUCCACUGCCCUAUGCCGAGUUCUCCAAACCAAGCCUCUCUCCCUGAAAAGUCUCAAGAAAGGGGGCCAAGGGGAGGGGUCCCACUUUUUCCACAAGGGAAGCAUCUUCCAGAGUUUUUUAGAACUGCCAGUGUUUUUUAACACAAAAACGUGGUAACGCCCCAUCACUGACCUGGAACCAACCUUGGGCAACAUUUGGUAUGGUGCAUUUCAAUUUUUGCGUAGUAAUUUCUUUUUGUCCCUCUGCAAAAUUACCCCAUUUCAACCCCAACCACAGGGCCGGGGAAAUUCCAUAAUAUAAUAUCCAUGAACAGUUCUCAAGUUCAGUAUUAGAUUUGGGGGGGGGGGGCGUGUGUGUGAUAGAAUUCAGCAAAAUGAUUCCUAGUGUUUUGUUACAUAGCUUACAUAACAGCGUUUACUCAGUGUGUUCCUUUUUGUCUGUUUACAUUUGGUAUUACUUGAAACCAUUCCAGGUGGAAAACGACUCCCAGCCAGAGCACAUUCAGACUGAGGUUCAGAGGAAUAAGGAGGGGUUUUGAAAGCAUUGCAGUUCCCCUGUUUUGCAGCCAUGAAAGAACGCAGAUCGUGAAACCCGAUGCCUGUAAUCUGAUUUAGAGCAGGAGAACCUGCAGCUUCUGUUGAGGGACGGCCCCUCUGGCGAGAUCCUUCCAGAGUGGGCGUGUGGCAGGGAGACUGGCAAGGGCUGGCGGAAUCUGCGACUCCCUCCCGACAGAACCGCUGCGCGACUGUUCCCCUGUUCCCCUUCCCUAAAGGAUACUGCUGAAGGCUGGGCGGGGCGGGGGACCAAGCGUUGUUUUCUGCGGGGAAGGACUGGCCCUAGGACCCCUUUGGGGCUCACCACGCUCGUAUCUUUCUCUGCCCGGCUCCCGGAUCACAGUUCUAGUAAAAAAAUAAAGCAGAUCCCACCAACCUGAAA